AUGUCAGGGCUUUCUAUGGUAUUCAAUGGCCUUUUGGUGGGUGCCUCGGGCCUUGCCUUGUACUCCAUACAGCCCGCCGAACAUCCGUAUGCCUUUUCCGCCUGCGCUUUUGGUCUCUGCCAUGGUUUGUUGGGCAUUAUACACGCCUACAAGAAAGGCGACGAAGGUGAUCGUUGCAAUAAGAUUCGUGAGAUAUCCACCAGUGUUAUGGAGAUCAUACAGCUGCCGCUGAUAAAUAUUGAAUUGUACUUAGCAUCGUCUGAAACUAGCGCGUUGGCAUUGGGACACGCACUGUUUAUUAUACCGUUGGCCUUUGAUUUGAUUGCGAAACUGUUAACAGAGGAAGGCGAUGAUAGUAAUACAAAUACACUGAAGGAUCUUACGAUAUUGGGCAACAUUGUGUCGUUGACAUUUUUAGCCGUCAAUGAAAGCAACCACACUUAUAUAUGUAUGGCUAUAACCGCCUUUCUGACCAAAUAUGGCGCCACACUGUUGGACAGUUAUUGGGAGGGCACACUCGAGAACACUGUACUCACCGGUUAUUCGCUGUUUACAUUCCUGGCUAAUUACGCUCUGACUGGCAAGCCAGAAUGGAUGAAAAUGUGAGGUGGAGUAGGAGAUUUAAGAAAA